UUUCACUCUCUAUUUUCAGACCUGAGUCAUCAGUCAACGUUUCCUUUCUUGCUCCAUGCUCGCAACAUUCACAGUUUAAUUCAAAAAAUUUUGACCAAAUCUCUCUGUUUUCCUUUUUUUCCUUUCCCAUGUUUCAUUGGAUUCGAGGAGAGUCAGAGAAUCCCCGAUUCAACAGCAAGGUUACGAUGGAGGGAGCAUAGAAAUAGUCAUAUAGCAGAGAAAUUAUGGAAAACGGUAGUGAAAUGUCAUCCUCUUUGAGCUUCGCCUCCUCUAAUCUAUCAAGUAGUUCCAGUAGCCUUAGCCACGAUCCUUGUACAAGUCUUGAAAAUUUGAGCCUAAACAAGCUCAGCUGCAACCUUGAAAACCUACUGUUUCACUCUGAAUAUGACUACAGUGAUGCCGAGAUUGUUGUUGAAGACAAACCCGUGGCCGUCCACCGUUGUAUAUUGGCUGCACGCAGCCAGUUUUUUCAUCAGCUUUUUAGCAAGGGAGUAGUUAAGGAAGGUAAACCAAGAUAUCUUAUGUCUGAGUUGGUGCCUUUUGGUGUGGUUGGAUAUGAAGCAUUCAGCGUGUUCUUGAAUUAUUUGUAUACCGGGAAGCUCAGGCCAUCUCCGCCGGAAGUUUCAACCUGUGUUGAUCUUACCUGUAAUCAUGAUGCGUGUGGUCCUGCUAUUACUUAUGCUUUGGAAUUGAUGUAUGCUUCUGCCACUUUCCAGGUGAAAGAACUUGUUCUGCUUCUUCAGCGUCGUCUGCUAGAUUUUGUCGAGAAGGCUUUUGUAGAAGAUGUAAUCCCAAUUCUUGUAGCGGCCUUUCACUGCCAACUUAACCAGCUUCUCUCUAACUGCAUUCAGAGAGUUGCGAGGUCAGAUAUUGAUUGUGCGUGUCUCAGCAAAGAACUCCCUUCUGAAGUAUUUAGUAAACUUAAAUCAGUACGCCUCGAAAUUCAGCAAGACCAUGAAUCAAGUGAUUUGGAAGUGGACGCUGUGGAUGAAAAGAGCAUUAAGAAAAUUCACAUGGCACUGGACUCUGAUGACGUUGAACUGGUGAAUCGAUUACUCAGUGAAUCCAAUAUAACUUUAGACAAGGCCUACGCUCUCCACUAUGCUGCAGCCUACUGUGACCCUAAGGUUGUUAAGGAGCUACUACGUCUUGGCUUAGCUGAUCUUAGUCUUAGGAACCCUCGAGGCCUUACUGUGCUUCAUGUGGCUGCAAGACGCAAGGAGCCAUCACUGCUGAUGGCACUACUGACUGAAGGAGCCUCUGUAUCGGGAACUACGUUGGAUGGACAAACUGCUGUUGCAAUCUGUAGAAGACUCACAAGGCUGAAAGACUAUAACAAGAACAUAGAGCAGGGGCAAGUAUCCCAUAAAGAUCGGAUAUGCAUUGGCAUCCUGGAGAGAGAGAUGGGAAAUUCAGUCUCCGGGAAUGUCCCAAUUUCAUCACCUAUGAAUACUGAUGAUUUGCAAAGGACACUGGAUUAUCUGGAGGAUAGAGUGGCAUUUGCACGGUUGUUUUUCCCUGCUGAAGCCAAACUAGCUAUGGAGAUUGCUGAUGCAAGUUUGAGCUCAGCUAAUGCUGGCCUGUCAGCUUCAAAAUCAAUGGGCUCAAGUGGUAAUCUAAGAGACGUUGAUCUAAAUGAAACUCACACUGUAUGGACCAAAAGGUUACAAUUGCAACUGCAGAAACUUCAUAAAACAGUGGAGACGGGUAGACGCUAUUUCCCGCAUUGCUCGGACGUGCUUGAUAACUUUCUAGAAGAUGCGGAGAUGCCUGAUUCUUUGUUCCUGGAGAAGGGAACUCCAGAAGAACAAAAAUUGAAAAAAAGGCGCUUCAUGGAACUUAAAGAGGAUGUGCAGAAAGCAUUUAACAAGGACAUGGAGAAUAAACGAUCAGGUUUAGCAAGAGUAUCAUCCUUCUUCAUCAUCCUUAACUUCUCAAGAUCGCGGUGC